AGUAGUCCGAAUCACUUGUACAGGCAUCGCUUCAUGGACUUCAUGUUCGUCAAGUCUCGCUUCGAGGGUCACCCUGAUCUGCUUGAACAUGACCCGAAGGACACCUCGGUUACUGGAUUCGGUAGGUGCACACGGAGCUAAUCGACAAACGAUAGCCUCGUGCCCUAGAGGGAGGUACAUAUAUAAGCUCGAUACCCUCCCCUUCUGGUUCUUGGUCUACAUAUCAAUUUGAUCAACGCUCCGAACAUGUCUGCAUCAAGUCCAUCAGCUAUUUCACCUGGAAACGCCUACUCGGACAGGAAGUUCGAAAUGCGAAUACCAUCGAUGAAAUUCAUCUAUCGUCUUGAGUGCGAGAUGGCCAAAGAUAAUCAUUUCGUGGGAGCACAAGCCGGAACAAGCAAUGCAAGAGUCAUCAUGCCCAUCGUUGGCGGUACAGUCAAAGGACCCCGGAUUUCAGCCAUCAUAGAAAACAUGAGUGGCGCUGACUGGGGGACUGCUAUGGGAGGUACAGGUGUUAUGCGUUUGAAUGCUAGAUACACUCUCAAGACCGAUGACGGACAUUACAUAUAUGUACGCUCAAAAGGCAUCUUCAAGCCUGGCCCCGGAGUCAAUAUUGAACCCAGAACUCGUACUCGCAUGACCCAAGAUGAGGUGGAAUGGUUCACCCGCUUGCAACUUGAGGCUUCGGGACCAUACGACUGGAUGAACAGUAUCUUUGGUAUCGGUGUUUUGGCGAUGGAGGACAACAAGAUUUUGAUAGAUGCUUACGAGCUGACAAACUUCAUGUAACGGACAGAAUACGAUAGAUGUCUGUAUCUCACGAGCGAUUGAGUAUGUUAUCCACAAAUUCCACAACGCCAGCCAGAGCUUCGUCCUCUUGUCUCAUUCCAACGAUUUGCACGGUCAAGGGUGCAUCCUGGUACGUUUCGGGCGAAUCAUCUGGCAAA